AUGUAAGAAGUCUAGAGCACUUACAAUUAUAACCAGCUGAAUCCCUUUCACUCUGAUUCGAGAGUUUAGUACCCGAGAAAUCCCAUGGCUUAAGCUGAGGACGCAUUCAUCGACUACUUUCUAAAUAAGAUCGGUCCCACCCAGGAGAGUGAGGAUAAGAGGCAGAUGAUAUUCAUGAAAUUGAAGAACUUAAUUGAGCAAGCAUAUGGUGACAAAUAGUCUGUGAUGGUCAUAAGAUAUGGCUCAGACCCACUCAAAACCUACUUGCCUGACUCUGACAUUGACAUCACUGUUAUUAAAAGUGAAUACCUAAUGGGUUCUCAAGGACAUUAGGACUCAGCUCUAAAUUAACUAAAAGAGUAAGUAUUCUUAACUCUGUUUUUGACUUGUCUAAUUUUAAGCAGAAUUAAAAAGGCAAUCGAGAGAUUCGGAGAAACCCCAGAGGGCAAAAACAUGAUCAAGAGCUUAGUCCUUAUUGACCAGGCAGAUGUUGAAAUCAUCAAACUCAAUUUCUAAAACACAUUUGUAGAUAUUUCAAUCAAGCAGGUUGGCGGAAUAUGCACUCUAUACUUUAUGAACUACAUGGCCAAGAAGGUUGGGAAAGACUAGCUUAUGAAGAAGUCUAUCAUCCUACUAAAGGCUUGGUUUACCUACGAAGCCUCGAUACUAGGGUCAUAUGCUGCAUGCAUGGCAACUUACGCUCUAUAUGUAAUGGUGCUGUUCAUUUUCAACAACUUCAAUGAGGAGUUGCACACUCCGAUGGAUGUGUUUCGUAAAUUUUUCAAAGUUUGGAGUCUAUUCGACUGGGAUAAAAACCUUGUCACAAUCUACGGCCCUGUCAGAAUAGUCAACUUCUAUGAUAGACUCAAGGAUUGUCAAUUUGACAUGGAUAGACUUGCAAUGCUUGAAAGAAUUCAUAACAAGGAUUACCAGAAUAGAAAGUUAUUGGUAUCUCCAGAUAAACUCAAUUAACUCAUGAUCUAAUUCUCUAGCGUGAGACUUUCUGACUCAGCAGCAAUGAAUCUCGCAGCCAAGAAAUCUAUCAAUACCAAAUAUAUGAACAUUAUAGACCCUACUUUUACCAAGAACAAUUUAGGCAAGUCCAUAUCCAAGCUAAACUCAAGUCGAAUCAGACAAAGCCUGAAGCUUCAAAGCCAUAAGUUAAGAGAAUUCCUUUCGAUCUCAGAAGAUGGAACUGAAGUCUAGGUUAAGUUCUUGCUUGAGAUGUUUAAGUACACAUUUGAAGCUUGCAAGGUUCAUCCAGCAAUCUCAAUGAUGCUGCCUUAGAUAGUAAGUCACAACUCAACUUACUAGAUUCCAACACGGAUCAUGAAUGAUCAGUUGUCUCAGAAAAGCUCUGAGUUAUCCUUUUCAACCCAAGCCUGGGCCCAGGACUCUAUCAAUGAUUACUCCUAAAGUGCUUAGCACCAAUUCAAUCUCAAAUUUAACUAGAUAGGUCAAGCAAAUACUCCAUCUGAUAAGAAAAACAAUGCAGCAGUCUAUACUAACAUUAUAGGCUCUUCAGCCCAGAAAAACUUGGCAUCUCACUUCACUUAGAUAGACAAUUUCAUGAUGAAUGAUGAUCAGAAGUUGUCUCCAAUAAUAUCAGACAAGUAGCAGGAUCUUUCAGACAUAAAGCCCAAUAACUACCAUCCUAUUGAUUCAAGUGGGAUGAAACUUUUGGAAGUCACUUAAAAUUAAAUGCAAGAUAAAGCCGUCUAAGCUGAAAUAGCUGGUCUAAGUGAGAGUAAUAAAUAGAAAUAGCAACAGCUUUCUCUUUCAUCAAUAGAACUAGAAAAUGAGACUAGAGCUUUGGAGUUCACACCAUCUCCGUAAAAGGACAACAACAAAGAUAUACCUCUUUAAAAUAUCUAUCAAAAUACUCUCCAAAGAUAUAUUAAGAUGCCAACAAUAGUUAAAGAAUUCAUUAAGGACAAGUUCUAACAAGCUCAGUUUCAUUAAAUUCAUCUUAGUAGACAAUUUCUUGAGUUGUACGAAUUCAAGUUAAACUGCUUAGACAAGGAGAAUUUCUAGUCAAAUCAAGGCUAGAAGCAUCAGCCUCAUUUUAAUGCUAAGGAGAGUUCCUCAUAUAACUGGAAAAUCUUAAAGUCUUCAAAGUAUAUAGCUGAAGAUUAUACUCCCACAUCUUCAGGCACUAAAGUCGAUUAAUAAACAAACCAGAUAACUUAGUCUACAAUCCCUACAUAGAACACUACCACUGAUUAGCAUUAGCAUUAGAUUUAAGUAGAGUAGAACAAAGUAAAAAUCAAAGAUCUUUUGGACUAAUUGUAAAAGCUGUGCACUCUUUCAGAGCAGACUAUUAUUAACUCUAAAUGA